CCUCCCGCGCCGCGGAGCCGAGGGGCCGCACGGCUCGGCCCGGCCCGCGGCGGCGGCCGCUGACAGGGCGGAGCGGGGUUGGCGCCCGGCGGCGGCGGCAGCAGCAGCAGCAGCAGCAGCAUGCCCCGUCGAGGCGCCCGGCGAGAAACUGAGGAUGAGAUUUCUGUGGAGAGCUAAAAUGAGCUCAAUUCAGGACUGGGGUGAAGAAGUAGAAGAGGGAGCUGUUUACCAUGUCACCCUGAAAAGAGUGCAGAUUCAGCAGGCUGCCAACAAAGGAGCAAGAUGGCUAGGGGUUGAAGGGGACCAGUUACCUCCAGGACAUACUGUCAGCCAGUAUGAAACAUGUAAGAUCAGGACAAUAAAAGCUGGAACUUUGGAGAAACUUGUGGAGAACCUUCUGACAGCUUUUGGGGAUAAUGAUUUUACCUACAUCAGUAUCUUUCUCUCAACAUACAGGGGCUUUGCUUCUACUAAGGACGUACUAGAGCUUCUCCUUGACAGGUAUGGAAACCUGGAGACCUUAAGCUGUGAAGAAGUUGGGAGCCAGAAUUCCUCCGGAUCCAAAACAGUAGUCAGGAAUGCGAUAGCAUCAAUCUUACGAGCGUGGCUCGAUCAGUGCUCUGAGGAUUUCAGAGAGUCGCCCAACUACCCGUGCUUGCUGAAGUUGCUGGAUUACCUGAAGAGGAGCAUGCCUGGCUCUGACCCGGAGAGGAGGGCGCAGAACCUUUUGGAGCAGUUCCAGAAGCAAGAAGUGGAAAACGAUAAUGGAUUCCAUAGCACUUCCCCCUGUAACCUCUAUGAUGAAGAGGAAAUGGAGAUUAGCAGUCCAGAAGAAUUCUCUUUUUUCCGAGAAGACCUUGUGGCAGAGCAGCUGACUUACAUGGAUGCAAAACUCUUCAAGAAAGUUGUGCCCCACCACUGUUUGGGAUGCAUCUGGUCUCGAAGGGAUAAGAAAGAAAACAAGCACCUGGCACCUACCAUCAGAGCCACCAUUGCUCAGUUCAAUGCAGUUACCAAAUGUGUUGUCAGCACGAUCCUGAAGAGCAAGGAACUCAAAACACAGCAGAGAGCCAAGAUCAUUGAGAAGUGGAUUCAUAUUGCACAUGAAUGUAGGAUCCUGAAGAAUUUUUCCUCCUUGAGGGCCAUUGUUUCAGCACUGCAGUCCAACUCCAUCUAUCGGCUAAAGAAGACCUGGGCGUCUGUUCCAAAGGACAGAAUGCUGAUGUUCGAAGAGCUGUCUGAUAUCUUCUCAGAUCAUGACAAUUAUUUGACAAGUAGGGAGCUGCUAAUGAAGGAAGGAACAUCCAAAUUUGCAAAUCUGGACAGCAGUGUGAAAGAAAAUCAGAAAAGAACUCAGAGGCGGCUUCAACUUCAAAAAGAUAUGGGAGUAAUGCAAGGCACAGUGCCGUACCUGGGUACCUUUCUCACUGAUCUCACCAUGCUGGACACAGCCCUUCAGGACUAUAUUGAGGGUGGCCUGAUUAAUUUUGAGAAGAGACGAAGGGAAUUUGAAGUAAUUGCCCAAAUUAAGCUCUUGCAAUCUGCAUGUAACAGUUAUUGCAUGACACCAGACCAAAAAUUCAUACAGUGGUUCAGGAGACAGCAGCUUUUAACCGAGGAGGAGAGCUACAGCCUUUCAUGCGAGAUUGAAGCAGCUGUUGACACCAGCACCACGUCACCAAAACCUCGGAAAAGCAUGGUGAAGAGGCUCAGCCUACUGUUCCUAGGAUCCGAGGUGAUCACCAAUAGUACACCCACCAAAGAGCAACCCAAAUCUACUCCAAGUGGGAGCUCUGGUGAAAGCAUGGACUCGGUCAGUGUUUCGUCGUGCGAGUCUAAUCACUCGGAGUCUGAGGAAGUUUGCAUCACACCCAUAGACACCCCUGAUGAGCCUCAGAAAAAGCUCUCAGAAUCCUCCUCUUCCUGUUCCUCCAUCCACUCCAUGGACACAUCUUCCUCAGGGGUGUCAUCUUUAACCAACGUAAUUUCAUCCCCUCCCGUCUUGUCCUCCAACCCCAAGAUCCACAAGCGCUCUAUCUCUGUGACAUCCAUUACCUCAACAGUACUGCCUCCUGUUUACAACCAGCAGAACGAAGACACGUGCAUCAUCCGAAUCAGUGUAGAAGACAACAAUGGCAAUAUGUACAAGAGCAUCAUGCUAACUAGCCAAGACAAAACUCCUGCUGUCAUCCAGAGAGCUAUGUCGAAGCACAACCUGGAAUCUGAUGCAGCUGAGGAGUAUGAGCUUGUACAGGUCAUCUCCGAGGAUAAAGAGCUGGUGAUACCAGACAGCGCCAACGUGUUCUAUGCCAUGAACAGCCAGGUGAACUUCGAUUUCAUCCUGCGGAAAAAAGCUUCAGUUGAUGAGCAGGUGAAAAUGAGGAGUCGGUCAAGCCUGACCCUCCCCAGAACUGCCAAACGGGGGUGCUGGAGUAACAGGAACAGCAAAAUUACGCUUUGAGGGGGAGCAAGGCCACACCGAGGCAAACUGAAUGAGGACUGUACCUUUGCUACCAUCCAGUAUUACAGAAUUGCAGCAGAUGAAUGUGUCAGUAUUCAACUUUGAAGAUAUUUGAGACAAAUGCAAAGUGAGCAUUUGGUAGACCUACAGCCAGAGAUGUGUCUCCUCCCCUGGAGCUGGACAGACAUGGAUUUCUGAGACAGUCCGGACUCAGAUUUUUGUUUUGUUUUGCACAUUAGCCUAGGAAGGUGAGAGCCCCAUUUAGAGGGGAAAACAGGACUGCAACAUUUGUCUUCAGAACACCGCAUACGCCUAACUUUUCUUGUGAAAAAAACAUUUUUGUUGUGCCAGUAUUACACAGAACAAGAACGCCUACAUUUAUUUUUGUAAAACUGGAGAAAAAAAGCCACGAUGCAGUUCUGCCAGAACCAAGCAGGAGGUCCCAGCCAGCCUCCAGCUGCCGGAGGGGAGCACUGGUUUGGGGAAUGUGUGGGUGAACUGGGUGCCACUAGCCACUGCUGCCUCCGGAGGCACUUGCAUUCAUGAAAAAGCAAUGUGGGUGUGUCCCCAAAAUACUCAUCUCUGGAGAAGGAAGAAGUAACUGCAAGUGCGCAUAUUGCUGUCACACUGCUGGCACCCUUCUUUUUUGCACUUGUUCAAAGCCAGAAAAUUACCCCCCUUUUUCUUCCCCCCCCAAAGAACAUUAAGAGAAUGGACCGCACUUGCUUUCAGAUGAAUGUCAUGAUUUGUUAAUGAACAAGGCAACAAACACUACUUGUAUGGAUUUUGGGCUUGUCUUAAUGCCACUACUGUGCGGUUUUCCUUUUGCUUUGCUAACCCAUUCAACAGAAACUGAUGCCUUUUGCAUGUACUCUGAAAUGACAGAUGUACCUCUUUGUAAUGUGCAAUCACUCUUCAGGAGCAAAAUUUUGCCUGCAUUAAUCCAAGUUUCAUUCCACGAGAGGCAACUACAAACCUUUUAUUUUAAAAGUGGCUAUUGAGAGGAAAUAGCCAGGUUUUUAGCAUUACCCCAACCAAACAGAGAUUUUAUAUAGUUGUAGCAUUAUUAUGCAUAAUCUCCAGCCACCUCUCUUGCUCUUUAUAUACAUCUAUUAAAUGAAUUUCCUGACAUGGUACAUUCUUUCAGCUGGAAUAAAGAAUUUAAGCAUCUGCUCUCUGUGAAACUUUAAGUAACAUCUUCCUAGAGUCUCUUCCCAGAAUACAGGCUUCCUUGAAAGGACAGAGGUUUGAUUUUAAAAAGCCAUAAAUGAGACAUUGGAUUGUAAACAGCCCUUACAGAACAGGCUGUCUUUGAGAUACAUUAGUAUGAGUUAAAAUAAACUCAAAUACUGAAUUUUACACAUGCCUGAGGCUUUUUUUCCACCAGUUCUGUAGCUGCCAUUUUCAAAACUGGGCUCAGAUUACUUUAACAAUCAGUGAUAAACUCAUGAUACAAGCAGCAGUGGGUUGUGCUGUGUUCUGCACUACACGAAGAUGUGACUACACGAUUGUGACCUCUAGUCACAAGCAGCACCGUACAGGUCAUAGCCUGAGUAGUUCAAAAACACAAACUUUCUGGUGAGAGGGUGAAGAUGUUGAGUUUAUAACUGAGCCUUAACCUUUGCCCAGAGUUAGCACAAGUUUACAAAAGAAGUUGUUUUCCUCGCAUUAUUGUAUAAGCGUGCAUUGAUGCCUGUACCGUAUCCUUUGUAAAUUACAGUGUUGCUAACUCUGAGGUUGUGUGCCCAUAUUAAGCUGAAAGUGAUUUUUAAAUGACAGCCCCCCCCAAAAAAAGUUAUAUAUUUUUAAAAAAAAUUAACUGCUUACCUGUAAUCUUUAUACAGUAAGUAUAUAAACAUUUUUUCACUAAUAGUUGUCUGAAGUUAAUCUACUUUCUUAGAUUUUAUGACUCGUGCAUUUUUUUUUAAUUUUUUUUUUUUUUACGUUUCACACCACCUUCUGUCACAUCUUCAACAUCAUCACAUUUAUUGUUUUAACUGUUCUCAGCUUCUUCCAGCUCCCACAACCCAUCUGCCAUUCGCAGCCCUGGAAAGAGAGGGUUUCAGCUUAUUCUUACCUUUAGCUGUAACUUUUUAGCUACAAUCUUCCUUCAGCAUUGUUCCACUCUUUGACAUCCCCCUAAGUAGCAGUUCUAUAUUGUUUGUGACCACCACCAGAAUCACAGCAGUGCUUCAAAAAAAAACCACCUUACAAUGACAGCUUCUGAGUCACCUCUCUCUCACCUGCAUUGCCCAUUGAGUGGCAGCAGCUGCACAGGCCCUCCAUAGUCACACUGCAGGAAUGCAAGGAACUUGCUGAGGGCUAAAAGUAAACGUCAGCAAAGCAAAAGCCAUCCCAGCACAUCCAUCACAAACACACCAAUCUGUUGCUUUCUAUGGAAUAUUUUAUACUGUUUCCUGAGCUUUCUGUUUAAUGUUUCUGUUGCAGCUAACUGGGGAACACCGACUAUGCACAAAUUUUACUUUUUCAUGACCGCAUUCUCUUUUGGGUCACCGAAUGAUUUCUGCAGCAAGUU